AUGGGGUUGUCUGAGGGGCUCAUUGGGACCAUCCUGCUCCUGGCUGGACCGACGGUGCCGCAGGGUUUCCAGGAGGUUUCUCUGUUGUCUUCCUAUGAAGUUAUAAUUCCCCAGAGGUUAGGAAGAGAACGGCGGGAGGCCUCCAACAUCUCCUCUGUGCAGGACAAGGUUUCAUAUGGUAUUGCCAUAGAGGGAGAAGAGUACACAAUUCAUCUAGAAAAGAACAAGGAACUGCUGCCCCAAGACUUCACGGUGUACACGUAUAGCAAGGAGGGGAAGCUGCAAUCUGAAAAACCAGAUGUCCAGGAUCACUGCCAUUAUCAGGGAUAUGUGGAAGGGGUCCUGGAUUCUGCUGUUGCUGUCAGCACGUGCUCGGGGCUCAGGGGCUUGGUGACAAUAGAGAAUGUCACCUAUGGGAUUGAGCCCAUGGAUUCCUCCUCUGGUGCCAAACACCUUCUGUAUCGGCUGGAGAACGUGAAGAGGGAGCCCGGCGCAUGCGGAGGAGCCCCGGAAGGCCCUGAGAGGGAACAGGCAGAGGAAAAUCACUAUCCCAGCAUGACCCAGCUGCUGCGCAGAAAAAGAGCUGUCCUACAUCAAACAAGAUAUGUGGAGCUGUUCAUAGUUGUGGAUAAAGAGAAGUUUGAGGAUUUUGGGAAGAGUGAAACAGAAGUGAGGGAACACAUGGUGCAACUGGCAAACUUCCUUGACAGUAUGUACAUCAUGCUGAAUAUUCGCAUCGUGCUGGUUGGUCUGGAGAUCUGGAAGCACGAGAACAUCAUCAGCACGGACGGAGGGGCUGGGGACGUGCUGGCCAACUUCGUGCAGUGGCGAGAGAAGAACCUGGUGAUGCGUCGAAGACACGACAGCGCCCAGUUUGUUCUGAAGAAGGGCUUUGGUGGAACAGCUGGAAUGGCCUAUGUGGGAACAGUGUGCUCCAAGAGCCACGCAGGAGGGAUUAAUGUGUUCGGGAGGAUCAGCAUACAGAUGUUUGCAUCGAUUGUUGCUCACGAACUCGGCCAUAACCUUGGAAUGAACCAUGAUGACGAGAGAGUCUGUCACUGUGGGGCAAGCAGUUGUAUUAUGAGCUCUGGAGCGUCGGGCUCCAGGAACUUCAGCAGCUGCAGCGCAGAGGACUUUGAGAAGCUGACGCUGAGCAAAGGGGGCAGCUGCCUGCUCAACGUCCCCACACCCGACGAGACCUACAGCGUCCCAUACUGCGGCAACAAGCUGGUGGACGCCGGCGAGGAGUGCGACUGCGGCUCCCCGAAGGAAUGCGAGAGCGAUCCGUGCUGCGAGCCUGGCGCUUGCAGGCUUCGGGCGGGAGCUCAGUGCGCCUAUGGCGACUGCUGUAAAAACUGCCAGUUCCUUCCCGGAGGAACCGAGUGCCGGGCGAGUAGCAACGAGUGUGACCUUCCCGAAUACUGCAACGGCACCUCCCAGUUCUGCCAGCCCGACUCCACGGUCCAGGACGGCCACCCGUGCCACAAGGACCAAGCCUACUGCUACAACGGCGUGUGCCAGUACUAUGAUGCCCAGUGCCAGGCUAUCUUUGGCCCAAAAGCAAAAGCUGCCCCCAACAUCUGUUUUGUGGAUGUGAAUUCCAAGGGUGACAGGUUUGGCAACUGUGGCUUCCAUGGCCACGACUACAAGAAAUGUUCCAGCUGGAAUGCCAUGUGUGGGAAGCUGCAAUGUAAAAAUGUGCAGACAAUGCCUGUUUUUGGAAUUAAACCUGCCAUUAUCCAAACUCCUGUCGGAAACACCAUGUGCUGGGGUGUGGAUUUCCAGCUAGGCUCUGAUGUCCCUGAUCCAGGAAUGGUGAAUGAAGGCACCAAAUGUGAUACCGGAAAGAUCUGUAGGCAUUUCCAGUGUGUGAGUGCCUCUGUCCUGAACUAUGACUGUGAUGUACAAAGAAAAUGCCAUGGACAUGGGGUGUGCAAUAAAAACGGCAACUGUCACUGUGAAGCAGGCUGGGCCCCUCCUCACUGCGACACGAAAGGCUACGGAGGGAGCAUCGACAGUGGCCCCCCUUACAACGACAAAGACACCUCACUGAGGAACGGGCUGCUCGUUUUCUUUUUCCUGAUCCUCCCGCUCCUCGGAGCUGCUGUUCUGGCGUUUGCAAAGAGGGAUAAGCUGAAGAGAUGGUUUAGGAGGCUGAUGUCACGCUGUCAUUCGUCCUUCCAGUCGCCACCUCCGCGAACAGAAGCUGAACCCAGAGCCUACCAGCCCAGGGGCUUUUCACAAGGAGUGUCUCAUGGUUCAAGAAACGCCCCCAUGGAUAUGGAGCCAAACACGUUUCCUGUGCCAUCUUACCCAGCUAGCCAGCACGGUCAGCAAGCCUACUACUACCACCAGUCCUACCACCCGUCACCCCACUACCAGGCCCCACAGCCCCAGAAGCUGCCCACAAGGCCGCCUCCUCCGCAGCAGAAAUGUGCACCUCAGGGACCGCCGGCCCAGCAAAAAUGUUUACCUCAGGGACCGUAUUUCCCUUCCCGACCUGCACCUUUGCCUCCCAAGUAGCUUU